AAUUUUAAAAUUUUUCAGUUUUAGUAUGGAUUCAAGUAAAUGUACUACAGCAGAAAGUACGCCAGUAAAGAGAGAUGACACAAAAGGUCAGAAAAUGCAACAUGGGAUGAUGGCUUUAAUACGUGUCAAUCCAUCUCAACAGACUUAUGAGAUAAUUGAAUGUGAAGAUGAAAAGAAAAAAUGUACUUUAUCAGAAUGCAGUGCCUCUCCUGUUGAAAGUUUAAUUGAAGAUGAACAAAAUAUGCAAAAUCAGAUGUUAACUGUUAGUGGUGAAGAUUCAGAAUGUGAACAGAUAUGGGAAAUUCAAGAUGAACUGAAUACACUUGAUAGUUUUUUUAGAGCACAUGUUACUGCUUUAAAAAAACAAAUUGAAACUGCUUGUCAGGAAUUCACUUUAGCACAAAUAGCUUCUCAGGACAAUGAUCGGGAACUAACUACUGCCAUACACCAAAGUUAG